AUGAGGGUGGCCAGUGGGCACGGUUACGGGGGGGUUAAAGUGACCUGUAACCCCUUGGCGUUGUACAACCUGCGUAACCCGGUCGGGCGCACCGUUGCCACCCUCCAAGGUCAGGCCGGGUUCGGAAACGCCGGCCAAAACCCAGUUAAGGGACAUUUGUAUCUGUGCUUGGUUGCAGGCGAGGUUGUCCAAGCCCGAGAAUGUCCACGCCUUGCCGCGAAAACUAUGUACCUGCCGGUGUCUACAGAAUUUAUUGGACAUUCGCGGCAAUAAAAAAAAAGCUUCGAGAGAGCCGGCGUUUGUAAGCCCGAUUUGAAAGUUGACUACCGUUAGACGCGCAAAAAAAAAACAGUACUGUACACCUCC